CCUCACAUAAGGUAGGUUGUGUGGAUGUUGCUCGUGGGCCUGCGGGUAGCCCUGGGACAGCGUGGUAGGUGCGUGAGCUAAGAUAUAGUCUGUAGCUCUGCUGUUUUCCUUUGGCUUUGUUUCCCUUUGCAUACUUGAUGGCUUUGAGGCAUUGAGGUUCCCUUUCUUCGAGAGCCGUGUAGGAUCACUGGUGUUGGGACUUCCAUUGAAAGAACUAGCUUUCUUUCCCUCUUCUACUGCUUCGUUUCUCAUCUCUUCUCACGAGGACGACGCCGGCAACGAUUGUCAGCCCCCGCUGUACUGGCUGCAGUUUCCGUUCGACUGAUUGCUUUGCCUGGAGCCUCAUAUGAACCUCGCCCUAUCUCUUUGCUGAGAUGGCUUUGCCAUUCUUUAGGACCAGAUUCAUACUUCUUCUCCUCACCGUUACCCUCGCAUCUGCCCUACGAGUAACGCCCAACUCGCCAUGCACUACCGUGUGUGUCAAUGGCGGCUCCACAUUAGACCAAUCGCUUUCAGGGACACACGAGGGAGACAUCGUAUGCAAUGACGAAGACUACACUUCCAAGAAGGGACAGCAGUUCGAGGAAUGCCUGAAUUGUCUGCAAGGAAGCAGCUUCGGCACCGAUGCUGAAAAUGACCAAAUGUGGUUCAUCUAUAAUUUGAGAUUCGCCUCGGACUGGUGCCUUUUUGGAACCAACAACGCUGAGACAUUGAGCGGCCCUUGCAUGGUCGAUACGACGUGUAACCCGCUUUCCAAAUCACUCAGUGCAGGGAAUGAAAGUAUAGAGGCAGGAGAUAUCUUCGAUUACUGUGCUGCGGACAGCCAGAGCUUUGUACAUCGGAAGCCGGUCUGCUACACAUGCCUGAAGCACAUGGUGGGCAAUAUCUAUGUGACAAACUUUCUCACUGCUCUCGAAGCUGGUUGCAACCAACACCCAUCACAAUCAUCACUCAUCGGCCUCGAUGGGUCCGUCUUCUCAGGAUUCCCUGUCAACAUCACCUCGACCCCCUUCAACCCCGUCAAAGAAACUCCCACUUCCUCAAAUGGCCUUAGCACAGGCGCCAAAGCUGGCAUUGCAGUUGCUUGUGUGCUUGUCGCUCUGAUCAUUGCCGCCGCCACGUUUAUCUACUGCUUUAAAUGGCGCCGUGUCCGCAAUUCUCCCAAAUUAAAUACCCAUUACGACCCACGCUAUGGCUCGAGCAGCAUCAGCCCUCCUACAGACGGCGCCUACUCGUACAAAUCAGAACCUAUUCCGGCACCGUACUCGAAUUAUAAAGCCGAGCCUGUCUCUGAAGACUGGAAUGGUCACAGUAUCACUUUAGACGGUAUUAACCGCAGUGCAAGCCCACCAGCCAGCGCCUACACAAAGUUCUCGAGUAUAUCAUCUGGCCGAUCAAGUUUAGUUGGGUCGCCAGAACCACUGACUCAAGCCGCUGCACCCGUUGGCAUGCGUGCUAUCACCCCACUGCCAACACAGGCACCAGCACCACCACAGGCCCCAGCAGGCCCUCCAAACCCUCUCCGCAUGAACUCCGUCAUCGCACCCACCCAACGACCCUCAGCACCAACUCAACCCACACAAGCGCCCUACAACCCCCGCUCCUCAUCCUCCACCUACAUGCACUUCAACCGCCCCGGCCGCGCCUCCUCCAUUCUCUCCACAUCAACCACCUUCUCCCCUCCCUCCGCCACCUCCCCACCGUCCUACCCAACAGCCCUCCACAACCACCGACCCCCCAUCCCCCUCCCCACCUACAACCCCCGUGACUACGCCCCCCGUGACUACGCCCCCCGCGACUACGCCCCCCGCCUCGCACCGCCCCCCACCCAACCCCUCCCCCAACCCCCCCUCCAACGCCUCGACAAACAAACCGUCCCCAUCAUCGCCAUGCCCAUCCCCGCACCGCGCCGUGACACAAUGGAUAUGCGCUCCUUCAUCGGCCUCGGCAUCUCUACUUCGAGCCCUAACACCGUUCCUGUCCCAGCAUCGGUGCCCAUCAGCGCUGUGCAAUCUGAUGGACCCGUGCCGUUAUCCCGCAACGCGAGUCUGCGGGAGCUGGCGGCGAAGUUGUUGCCGCGUGCUGGGAAUGGGGAGGAAGGGGAGAAGGCUGAGGAGGGCGUGAGGCAGGAUAGGGGGAGGAGGAGGAGUGGGAGUCGGCCGAGGAGGGAGAGGAGUGAGUCGAGGACGAGGUUACGUGAUGGGGGGUUUGAGGGGGAGAGGAGGCAGUUUGAGUUUAGAGGGCAGGAUGCUGUGGGGAGGGAGACGGUCAGUCCGUUGAGUGCGGCGGAGAGUGUGGAGCAGUGGCCGGGGAAGAUGUGAUGAUUGGGUUGUUAGGGUGGUUAGGUUUUGUACUUAUGGCGUUUUGGGGGCUUGGAUUGGGCAUUGUAGAUUUGAAAAUUGGGGAGGGAUGGAGGAAGUAAUAUGGCCCUUCCGUAGCUGGAAUUGAUUGCCCUUUGGGGGUUUAUGACGUUUGCUGGUUACAAUGUGAAGUCAGGG